AUGCGAAUAGUCUUCCAGGAUCGGCCAUCGUUGAUCCAGUUUCGGGACGCAGCACUGCGCACGUUCCGCUUUGUGGUGAAGGGUCGAUUUACUUCGAUCGAUGCAGAUCGACUGCAUCUGUUCGAGAAGAUUCAUACAAUCGACACAUGGGCAGGCACAUUAGACCUCCGCGUAGCGCUUCAAGUCUCUGCUCUCUAUAUGAAUGGUCUUUUGGACCCGAACGAAAUUUUAUCUUUGCGACCGAACAUUGAUCAGCUCGCUGAGCUGUAUCAGGAUAAACCGGAUAGACUGGCACGACUCUUGGGUCUAUUUGCAGAUCGCAUGCAACGAGCUCAAUAUACAGCUCUGACCAUGCAUGGCCAGUCCGAAGCUUCUCCUAUUCCAAUCUGUGACAUCAUGAUUCGAGCUUGUGCCGCAAUCGUCACUCCAACUUGUAUCCAUUUAGAAGGACCUUAUCUGGACCAGAGCAACAGCGUUCUGAGAGCGUACCCAGAACAUCAGCACUACUUCCUGCGGCUCAGUUUUGCUAGUGAAGAUCACCUUCCACUGUACAAUGACCGCGAUGUCGAUUCACGACUCUUCGUCGGUUAUAGGAUCGGGACGAUUCUGCGAGAAGGUGUCACGUUGGCUGGGCGACACUUCGAGUUCCUAGCUUAUUCUCUUUCGGCAUUACGACAACAUUCCGUGUGGAUGGUUGCUCCUUUCGAUCAUCCAGUACUAGGUCUCAUGACUGCGAACAGAGUUCGAGAUCGUCUUGGGGACUUCAGUCGAGUUUCCAAGUGUCCUGCCCGGUACGGCGCCAGACUGGCUCAGGCCUUCACGGCUACUGAGCCGUCGAUAGUCCUAAAACCCGAAAAUAUCGUCGAAAUACCAGAUAAAAUUAACAAGGCCAACAAAUUAAUUUUCACGGACGGAGUAGGAGGCAUGUCUCUCGAGCUGUUGGAGGGUACCUGGAAACGCCUCGUCGAGAAUCGCCCUCAUCUUCGUACCAAGAUAGACUUCCCGGCCACAGUGUUCCAGUUUCGACUUGGUGGAAACAAAGGCCUCCUGUCUUUGAAUCCCUUGCUUCCAGGACUGGUUAUGCAAGUUCGGCCGUCCAUGAACAAAUUCGACGCACCGGAUUCCCUCGGCCUCGAAAUCGCAAAAUCGUUCGAACGGCCGAGGCCCUUCUUUCUGAACCGACCUUUCAUUAUGCUCCUUGAAUCUCGAGGCGUGCAUGCGGAUGUCUUCCUAACACUUCAAAGGAAUGCAGUCAAAGCCGUUGAAGACUCCAAGUCGUCGCUCAUCCGCGCUUCAAUCAUGACGGAGACAUAUGGGCUCGGGGGCACAUUUUGGAUCAGGUUGAUUCUUCGUAAUAUUCACGAUAUCCUUGGCCUCGACUUCGAAGCAGGACAAGGGCUCACUACAUUCUACGAUCCCUUUCUCAAACAUAUCAUAGACGUAGGAAAAGCAAAUGCCCUCCGGGAAAUUCGGUUCCGGGCCCGCAUACCGGUCCCCAACAGCUGGACAUUAAUUGGCGUGGCCGACGAGCACGAUGUGCUGGGAAAAAAUGAGAUCUAUGCGUGCAUCCACAAACCUGGAGAUCCCGAACCACAUUGGAUUGAAGGUCCCGCGAUUGUGACAAAGUCGCCCUCCUUAGGCCCCGGCGAUGCCCAGUUUGUUACAGGGAUCGGAAGGCCGCCGCCAGAUUGCCCUUUCAUGCUAGGGCCGUACCCUCUCAAAAACUGCGUUGUGUUCUCUUGUCGAGGUGUACGGCCCAUCCCAUCAAUGCUUGGAGGUGGCGAUUUGGAUGGAGACGAGUUUAACGUCGUUCAAUAUUCAUCUCUGUUUCCACAGUACCCUGCAGAUCCAGACGAUUACACGGCGGCAGAGCGAGCCGAGCUCGAUAGAGAUUGUACGAUGAACGAUGUCAUCGACUUUAUCAUUGAUUACGUCAACAACGAUCUUGUUGGUAGACUUGCCACCGAACAUCUGAUCCUGGCAGAUCAACAUCCUGACGGCGUCAAAUAUUCUAAUUGUCAUCAGCUCGCGCAGCUGUACGCAUUAGCUUUGGACUUUGCAAAGACGGGCACGCCAAUCGAUCAAGACCAAAUACCGUCCCUGCUAAAUGAUAUGAAACCUGAUUAUCUGCAACGCGAACAGCAAGUGGGGAAACAGUCAACCAAGUUCUAUCAGAGUCAGAGAGCACUUGGUCACAUGUUUCGCGAGCCCGACUUGCAAAUAGACUUUGAUGCGAUAAGGGAAGAAUCCACAUUCUCCGAAACGAAUGGUUUUGACGGGGACAUCCUUUUCCACCGUGUCCGCGACUUGGUCACGAAAUACAUCAGUGUCUCAGCCUUGGUACUGCCUAACACCCCCGAAUUAUUUGAUCGCUAUGUCGAAGAACUGCGCCAUGCAUGUUUGACUACAAGUACAGGGCCCCGAACCCAAGAAGCCACAGAAGGCGAAGCCGUGAUGGGCGUGAUUCUCUCCAAUGCCUUCCAUCCGAAGAUACGUCUCGAUCGAGUGUACCGACUGAGACUCCAAAUAACGAACCUUGUGAAUUCGGUACGCAGCGAAUUUCAAGGCCUCGAAGAUGACCCUCUCCGUGUCAGAUUAGAGCGCGCGUAUGCGGGUUGGGACCAUUCCAGAUCUCGGGGAUUCGAAUUUGGAGCAAGAAGUUUUGCUCUGAUCGCUUUGAGCGCUAUCUUCCACUACAUCGAGGAGAUUGACAACGAUGCAAGGUAG